AUGAGCAACGCACCUGGCCACCUCACCGUCGUCAAUCAGUCCAAAGUCAUGUUUGCGGCGAUUCAGUCCGGUCAGGGCGUCGAAGCUAUGCUUGCUUUACUGCACACAGUAGACGCCAAGAUUGACUGGCUAAUUGCCAAAGUCGACAAGCUGAAUGCUAGAGUCAAUGACCUAGAUAAUAACGUCGACGACCUUAACUCUAAGGUCGAUAACUUGGACACCAAGGUGGAUGACUUGGACUCCAAAAUGGAUGACUUGGACACCAAAGUGGAUAACCUGGACACUAAAGUGGAUAACCUGGAAGGUAGAAUCGAUGACCUGCAUACGGCAAUCCAACCAUUGACAACCCAUGGAAGUCGCUGGAGAUAA